UUUUCCAUUCAAAGAGUGUUUCAGAAGAGAGAGAAACUCUUCUAGAGAGAGAAAAAACCGCUGAGACAUGUCUUCUUUCGACGCCUUCACCGUCGACGACCACCACUUCGCCGCUUCUGAAGCCGCCGAAGAAACCUACUCCGGCUACGGCGGCUUCUCCAGCUUCCCCGGCGAAGAUGCCCCUGUCGAUCACUCGGCGGUGGCGGCGGCGGCAUCGUCGCCGGAGAUCUUCGGGUUCAGCGAUCCGGAUCCGAGUUACUCUCAGUCUCCCUUUGAACACGUAGUAGAGAACGGGAAUGAAAAUGGAAACGGAAACGGAUACGGCGACGACGUUUUUGUCUCCGACGGGCCGGUGCUUCCGCCGCCCGGCGAGAUGGGGUCGGAGGAAGGUUACGCCCUUCGUGAGUGGCGUCGUCAAAAUGCCAUUGAGCUAGAGGAGAAGGAGAAAAGGGAAAAAGAAAUGAGAUUGAAGAUUAUUGAGGAAGCUGAGGAGUAUAAGCUGGCUUUCUAUGAGAAAAGGAAGCUUAAUGUUGAGUCUAACAAGGUUCAAAACAGAGAAAGGGAGAAGUUAUACUUGGCUAAUCAAGAGAAAUUUCACAAAGAGGCUGACAAAAAUUACUGGAAAGCAAUUGGGGAGAUCAUUCCUCGUGAGAUUCCCAACAUUGAGAAGAGAAAAAGCAAAAAGGAUCAGGAGAAGAAGCCAUCAAUUAUGGUCAUCCAGGGCCCAAAGCCUGGCAAACCCACAGAUCUUUCUAGGAUGCGGCAGAUAUUGUUAAAACUGAAACAUACACCACCGCCUCACAUGAUUCCUCCUCCACCUGCACCUGCUAAAGACUCAAAAACUGGGAAGGAUGGAAAAGAAACAGCACCUAAAGCAAAUGGAUCUGCACCAGAAGGUGCACCUGAAUCACAACCAAAGGAUGCCACCAAUAAUGGUACUGCAGAUUUACCCCAGAAAGAAGCCCCUGCCACUGAGGAGCAGUCUGCUACAUAAUUCUGCCUAUCACACUUACAACUCCCACAAUCUUUUUUCUGAUAUCCCUCUUUCCCCUGCAGUCUUUACUGAUCUUUUUGUCCUGCUAUUAGUUUCUAUGGCUUUUUGGGUUUGCAUUUUAUUUCCAUCAUGAAGGUUUUGUAUCAGUUAUAUCCAUUAUUGACUAUUUUGACAUUGGAAAUUCAUAUGUUUAUGGGUUUUUAUACACCCUUUAAAAAAAUAAAAA